UACAUUUCAUUCGAAGAAACGGUAAUCUAGCUAUCUUGAUAUUUCUACUGAUCAAAUUCAAAAUGUUCCGGUAUAACGAUUAUUCACAGACACCGGAUAUGGCGAACGCCCGGUACGAUUCGGCCUACAAAGUACAAGAUGCUCCGGUACUGAUAGAUGGAACCGAUGCAUGUGUAGUGGUUGAAUUUUGUCGCUUACGAAACUGUUCUCUCGAACUCUUUGAUGAUGAGAUCGAAACAUGGGGAGAUGUCUUUGAAAACCGGACGGGUACUGGGAUAAUGGGCGCCGUCGCUAGUCGCAACGCACAUUUCGCUGCAGCAGCUAUAUAUUAUUGGUUGGGACCUUGCCACUGGACUUCAUACACAACUCAGAUCACAAGAGCAGCCGUGACAGUGCUCGUACCACGCCCUUUACAACUGGCUCCUUGGAAAACGCCGUUUCUUUCAUUUACUGGUGUGCUCUGGAUAGCAGUCGGUGUAGCGUUCACGGUCGGAGUAUUUGCCGUGUGGUUGGUUGAGAAUGGCCGAGCUCGAAUAUUGAAUUUACCUAAGGCACAAGCGAAAUCUUUUAGCGAUUCGGUUCUAACUCUCAUCGGUUUCUACAUGGAGCAAAGCUCAAGUACACGAACCGAUUUGGUGUGCUGCAUUUUCCUCUUUACGUCACUCAUAAUAGCAGGCUUUAUGAUAGGCAACAUGUACGGGGCUGGUCUGGCUGGUGUCAUGACAAUUCCUCAAUACGAACGUCCCAUUGAUACCACGGUUGAUCUGGCUAACAGUGGAUUGUUAUUUGCUGGAACUGUUAUAAAUUGGAUUUAUUGCAUAUUGGAAUCAACAGAGCCGCAUUUAAUUACAUUAGGCGAUAAUUAUCGAGUCCUCGACACCGAACACCUUAUGAAACAUAGUAAGACACGUGACAUGGGAUUCGUCGGCGAGUUUACAGAAUUUGGCCAUUUUACACCAGUUGACUUCCUAGAUGCGGAAUCGGCGUCAAUGCUUCGAAUACUAAAAGAUGACCUAGCUUGGCAGAGUACUACAAUUCUUAUGACCAAAACCUGCCCAUUUAGGCAAAGUUUCAGCGAUCUUGUGAUGAAUGUGAGACAGUCGGGAAUCCAACAUUUGAUUGAAUACCGUGUGUCAAUUAAAUUCAUGGAUCGGAAGGUGCAAAAGAGCUUAGAAAGCAGCAGACAGAAAAACUCGGAGCAAGAGGCAGUGGUUCUCACGAUUUUGCACUUGUUAGGAGCAUUUAUCAUUUUGGCGCUCGGUUUUUUGUUGGCUUCUAUCGUUUUUGCUUUGGAGUACAUUUCUGGAAGGACAGCACGAAAACCAUUAUUUAAGGAAGGCAAUUCGUUUCGCAAAAUGUUUAAAUCACGAACUAGAAACUGAUUAUCACAUAACUUUUCGUAAAUUUUGAGACUACUGGUAAAAAACAGUCUGCUCUUUUUCUUUAGCAUUUUCCCAGCAUUUGCACAUCCCGAUCAGCACGUAAUAACAGAAAGCUAUCAAAUUUAUAUCUCAUGUUGAUAUUUAUUACUCACUGUGUUAUCUUUGUGAUUUCCCAAUCAGCAAUACAAGCAAAGUUACAUCAAACUUAUAUUUUCUGGUGAUAUCAUUAGAUUAUAUGAUAUUAAUGUACGCAUAUAACGAUAAGGUUAUGGUAAGUUAUAUAUACUUGUUCACAAUAAUCUUUGAACGCUAACGGUAAACUUUGAAUGUUCGUUACAUUACACAGAUGACAGUCUAUUUGCUAAUACACUUGAGCACUUUUUUGGGAAUA